AUGGGUUUUUUGUACACGCUGAUCCGGACGGUGCUAUUCAGACUUCAACAACUCGUUUGGACAACGGCCACUGUCAUCUCAUUGAUAAAAGACCGUAUUCUGUAUGGUAGCGAGUGCUUCAAACCGAAGGAGCACCCGAAACCCAAAUGCCUGGAGGGUUGGGAUGACCAAUAUAUUCAGUUGAAGACUGUUCGUCUACACUAUGUUCAAACUGGAGCCGAAAAUAAAGAUCUUUUGUUGAUGCUUCACGGUUUUCCUGAAUUUUGGUAUUCAUGGCGGUAUCAGCUGAGAUAUUUCGCUGAUAGAUUCAGGUGUGUGGCAGUUGACCAACGAGGCUAUAAUCUUUCUGAUAAGCCAAAAAAUGUUGAAGACUAUAAUACUGAUCUACUCGUGAAUGAUAUCAAGGAACUGGUGGAACUUCUUGGUUACUCGAAAAUCUACUUAAUGGGCCAUGACUGGGGAGCGAUCAUUGCAUGGAAG